AUGGCCGACAGCUCGGUCCACUCUCGCCCCAUGGCAGCCCAGGGCGCAGAGGAUGGAGAAGAAGACCUGGAGGACGAUGAAAAUACUGACCAAGACUACGCACAGGAUCGCGAGAACGAUAGCGAGUUUGAGGCGACCGAGGAGGAUUUGUUCCAGGGUGGUGUCUACGAACCAUCCGUCCGGAUUCAAGUCCAGGGGAGUGUUGAAGGGAGUGAAGGGCCGGGAGGCGAUGGAGUGCGCCCACGACCCGGUGCGCCCGAAGAACGAGGGUGCAGCAUUCGAAAGAUUCGCCUUGGGAACCUGUUUGUCCGCAUGACGCGGAGCACAUCACACCUCGACGACUAUCUUGACGUUUUCGUACUCGUCGUUGUUUCCAGGAAGUCGAAGACCAACCCCAACAACAAGCUGAGUCAUCAGUUUCUUGCAAGGCAUAGGGACUGGCGGCUCUGCGGAAUGGGCCAUGUGUUCCUGUGGCCUCAUUUCAUCUACGACCUGGUUCCUCUGCGCUACGGCCCUGGUAUCGUCGAGCCUCUCGACUUUUCUGAACCGAUCUUGUGGACUAAAGCGCACCUCUUCUUUUCUUUGAAGAAGGGCGACCAGGGAAAGCAGAAGCAAGACGAGAUGCACUACAAAACGCAUAACACCUGGAUUAAGUGGGCCAUGACGAAGGCGAGAUGGAUUCUGAGCAAGGUGACACAUGCAUUCCGUAGAUCCGGAGCGCAACAACUCCAUGACGACGGUUGCUCCGACAACGAUAUCGGCACUCUGGGCGGAUGGGCGCAGGGGGAGUUGCGGAGGUGUUAUGUGUUCGGCAUUCCGUUCAAGCCGGUUUGGCUGCUCGCAGGAUUCAGCGGGGAUCGUGGAGACUACUACAUCAGCAGAGCCCGUGCCAAGCUUCCGCGGCAUAAGGAUAAGGAGAAGGAUGAGUGGUUGCAGCUCUUGGAUCUCUUAAGGCUUCACAUUUUCCCCUGGGUCGAAGAGGGUUGGAAGAAGGACGCUAUCUUUCGCACGGCCACAGAAGAGAAGAUGCAGAAGAUGCACCUCACCGCCAAUAUGCUCAGGGAGGAGCUUGGGAUUUUGAGAGGACGUGAAAUGCAGUUGGCGAUGGAGAACGCUGAACUGAGGGAGAAACUCGCCGCUGAGCGAGAUGACAAGGCUCGGGUCAUUGCAGAGUUCGAAGCAUACAAGAGGUCUGUUGCGGCCAGGGAUGUCGCGGCAAACACCUAUGCAGAGAUCGACGGAUCGUCGAAGAGCGCGGGAACAGGAGCAAAGCAGGCAAUGGGCGCAUCCAAAGCACCAGUUGCCGUGGAAGAUUUCUUCGUCGUGGUCGUUGUGUCUUGGCGCGAAGCCACCACUAUUGCUGCAGCCUGGAAAGUGUGGGUGCAGCCAAGCCUCAUCAUGGGCGGCAGGUCACUGCGCGAAGUCUUUGCAGAGUUCGACCGGUAUAAGAAGAAGGACAAAAAUUCCAGCUUCAUCACCGCAUAUUCCCGGUUUGCUUACAAAGGUACGCCCGGGAUGGCUGUGGGUGCAUGCGAGCGAAAGAUGCAUCGCGCGCAUCGUGUCAUGGUUUCCGUGGAGACGCUAAGAAAAGACAGCUCCGAGGCGGCGACCGCAACGGCCAUUAAGCUGCUGGACGAGGUUUUACUCGUGUGCAACUUCACGGAAUUCACCAACGGCCUGGCGGUGCUGCAUGAGACUCCGCCCAUCAAGAAACAGAAGACCGGUUCGUCGACGGAAAAGAGGACCGUCAACGACUUGGCGCAACGCAGAGUGGGCUGGCUGUUAGUCAAGAAGGGCCUUCGCGACCAGGAGUGGGCAAGUUCGCUGUUUGGGGAUGAUGAGUGGGAGGAGAUCCACAAGGAACACAUGGCGCAGGAGAAGGCGGAAGAGGAGAAACAACGAACCGCUGCUGCGAAGAAGGCGGAACGGGAAAAGGCGAAGGGCGAAGCGUCGAAACGCUAG